AGUACGACUUGCAAUGGACAACUUUGCGGCCAAACAUGGUGCCUGGCAGCAGCAUCUGGGGAAGGAGAAGAAAGCCCGGCAAAAAGGUACACUCUUGUACUACGGAAGAAAGGGAGGCGCAGAGAUACUGGCACCAAAAGCGCCACCUGCUCCGACCGUGGAUGAUGUAACCAAGGUCAUCUUUGACAAGCUCUACCAGUCCAGUUCUUUGCCGGUUCAGUGCCCAGCUUUGGCUUUUAAGGCUUUGUCACAACAUCAGACUCCUUCAAGGCCUCCGUCUAGCCAACGCUCCCGGCGGCCUUUGGGCUCCUUCUCAACUGGGCUCUUGCUGCCAGACAGGGCAGAACUCCCCAGUGCCCUCUCACGGAGGUCCACUGCCAGCAGGACACACAGUUCACGACCAUGUUCAGGUGGCCAGCACAGCAAUCAGGAUCCCAGCCUGCUUUUCUUCAAUGAUCAGCAAAGGCAGCGGACACCAUCGCUGAGAAGCAUGUCCCAGUUUAGCGCAACCUCAUCCCUCUGGCAAGAGGUCGAGAAAGCUGUGCAGGAAGAGGUUGCAAAGGUUGUGAAACCGUUGCAAGAACAGCUGCUCUCAGAGGAGCAAGCUCGGAAACGAGCUGAAGAAGCCCUGAGGCUCCUGAGUGCAGCGGAUGCAGUUAAUGUCAGAUCAGAGGCAACGUGAGGACAGCUGGAUGCAAAGCCCUGAACAGCUUUCCCUCUCUUGCUGUAAGGCAAAGUCAGUUGUAGAAUUUUAGCAACAUUUUGG